CCACCCAGAAACCGAACAAGAAGGAAAAAAAAAACCAAAACAAACUAAGGGACCCAAAGACGACAGCGUGGAGCUUUGCGAGUCUCCGCUCUCCAUGACCAAAAGCCGGCGAAGGCGGAGUUAAGUGAGUCUCUCCUUCCCGGAAACUAGAACCGGCGACGGUGGAUCUGAGCAAGCCUCCAUUUCCCGAAAAGAAAUUGACGACGACGGAUCUAGGGUAGCCUCUUUCUCCCAGAGCCAGUACCUGAACAUUCAAACCGCUCCAUCUACACCCGGAGCCUCCAAUCGAUCGCGUCGUUACUCUAACCACCGAGCCACCGAUGACGGUUGGUUGCGGAACCAGAGCUCAGACAAAGCGAUCUUGGAGGGACGGCGCAGAAGAAGCAAAAAGAAACAAACAGAAAAGAAGAGGAAAGGCUCCGGCGCCGGCACAGACGCUCACGCGCCGGCCGAACGCCGGAUCCCAAUCUCUGAUCUGGUUUCUCUCUCUUAAACGCUCUCGACUUCUCUCUAAGUCUUCGAUAGCAUCUUUUCUGAUUUGAAUUUCUCUUGGCUCUGUUUUAUUUAUUUCUUAUAUACUUUUUUUUAAACACAUUUAUUUCUUGUAUAUUCUAUUUUUUUUUCUUUUCUUGAAACACCGGAAUAUUGGUUCUAUUUAUUGCAAUUUUUCCUCUUUGAAAGAUUAAACCCUGAUGGGUGCUGGUGUUAUUUAUUUGGCUUGACCUCCCAACUUUAUAAGCAGAGAAGAAACAAUCUGGUACCAUUAUUUUGGGUUAUGGUUUAAUCAUAUAAAAAAAUUUACAAAAAAAUACUUAAUAAUAAACUGAGAUAACCAAUAAAUCUGAAAGUUCAAAGAAUUUAAUAAAGUCUCUAAAUAGCUAAUAGAAGAAAUGGGAAUUAUGAUUCGAAGAAUGAGAAAUCUCUAUGAUAGUCAUUCUUAAGUUUUUGUCACAAAAAUAGUUUCCAAUGAAAAAAAUGAUCAAAAUAAGUUUUAUUAAAGUGUUAAAAUGACCAAAAGAUUUUUACUUUAAGUUAACUAAUUUAAACUUAGAGUUUAGAGUUAAGGAUUAGAGUUUUGAGGAUAGGGUUUCAAAUUUUUAAAAAUAAAAAAAAUAUAAAAAGUUAAAAAAAAAAAUUUUUGGUCAUUUUAUUUUUUUAAGUUUAUUUUUGUGAUAAAAACUUAAAAACAAAACUAUUUGAGAGAAUUGUCAUUUGAGAAUUGACCAAUUCGAAAAUCAUAAGAAGUUAUUAACCUUUAGCUUGAUUGGUUGAGCAUUUGGUCCAAUAACUAAAAAGAUCAAACUAGUAUUUGAGCAUGCGGAAACAGGAAGACAGAAAGUCACACAGCUCGGACAGAAAAAAAAAAGGUCAGGAAGUUUCCAAAUGGGACUAUUCUCAAAUAAAAUCUCCAGAGAAGAAGUAAAGCCUGGAGAUCACAUAUACUCAUGGCGUACUGCCUACGUCUAUGCUCACCACGGAAUCUAUGUAGGCGAUGACAAAGUCAUACAUUUCACUCGUGGAGGUGGUCGACAAACUGAAACCGGGACCUUUUUGGACAAGUUAGUCGUUAAUUCAUCUCCUAAUUAUCCUCAGUGUCUGGUUUGCAAAGAUAAUUCCAGCUUCAAAGGUGACAAGGUCAUUACUUCUUGUCUUGAUUGCUUUCUUGCUGGAGGAAAUCUUUACCUCUAUAAGUACGAUGUAUCUUGGGUUGCCUUUCUUGCUAAACCUAGAGGUGGUACUUGCACUUUAGCACCUUCAGAUCCUCCUAAGGAUGUUCUUUUCCGUGCAAACUUUCAUUUGCUUAUAGAUGGGUGGUUUGGUGAUUAUGACGUCACAGACAACAAUUGUGAAGAUUUUGCUAUCUACUGUAAAACUGGUUUACUGGUCUGCAAUAAGGCUAGGUUUGGAACCAGUGGUCAAGUCAAUUCGGCUGUUUCAGUUAAUUUUGCUGCACUCGUGCUUGGUUUCAGUGGGUUACCUGUGGUCGGAUUUGGUGCGUACUGUUAUGGUCGCCUUGCUGGUGACGUAAGUCUCCUUGCUAGUGACGUAGGUAUGACAGCAAGGCUACGUGUUGAUGUUAUCAAGGUCCCCGUGGAGAGGCUCAGUGCCAUGUUAAAGAAAGUUAUAUGAUUCACCAAGAGAAGGCUGGUUGAGCAUUGCCGGUUCCAAGUUUUGAUGUUGAUGCCUAGUUGGCUUUGUAGAAUGGAGAAUUUGCUUCUGUUUUUGUUGUUGAAUUCUAAUAUUCUAAGUUCCUUCAUUAAUUCCAACCCGGUUUGUCCUAACCGAGUGAAAAAAACAAAUACAAGAUACCAAUCUGAUUAAUCGGUGUCUAGCUGUGAACUAAUAACUGUUUGCUUCUGUUCUGAUUGUAUUGUGCAGCCCGUGUUUUCACCUAGAGAAAGAAGGCCGCAUCAUAAACUAAACUCUAAAAACUGUUGAUUAUUUAUACUCGUUAUAACCACGCAAGAGAUGUGAAUGUUAGGUGUUUCCAAUGCCUGUUACGAAAUGGUUUUUGGGUACAGUGGUAAGGUUUGUUUUGCUUACUGAAGAAGAAAACACGGUUUCAAUUUUAUAUAAAAGCCAACUCAAUUACUACUAGACAACUAAAGUAACUCUAGUGGUCGACCAAAAGAAAAGUUAUUCUAGACUUGUAGUGGACUCAGGACUAAUCUAUUAGUAUAUUUGAUCCGUACUGGAAUUAAACUAUAAAUUUUAUUCGGAAGUAAAGUCUGCUUUUCAAUCGAGAUUAACACUUAAAUGGAAAAUGCAAAAUAAUUGUCCAAUUAACCAAUAUUUGCAAGAUAAGAUUCCAACAAUUUAUUAUGUAAAUUACAAACUAAGCAUCCAACAACUGUAUAUAGUCCAACAAUACAACGUGAUUUCUACAAAAUAUUGUUAUUUUCUUAUUAAUUUGCUGGCUGUUUAGUAGAUUCCGUAGUUUCGGGGUUAUUUUACAAAUACCUAAUAGUAUAAGGGCAUAUAAUAAAUUUUGUAACUUUAAAUAAUAAAGAAAAGAGAGAGA